AUGGUAUGUAAGAUGAAGGUAAACAUAACGGCACCAAAAAAUCCUUCACAACUACGACGACGAUGGCUUGGCAAAAAGAAAGCUUGCAAGCUGUAUAUUCGGAAAAGGUUGGAAAUGUUUGCGGAAAAGGGUGGGUGGGAGACAGAAGGGAUUGGCGAUACUCUCACUGUCAGCAGUAGGAGAGAUAUUGUAGGCGAAUGCUUCCAAAGUUAUGUGACAAGUGAAGAUGCUGUGCUAUGA